GGGCGGGCGGUGUUUGUGGCCUCCUUUUCCUCCUCAGCCGCGCCGCCGGUGGUAGUGCCGGCAGGGGCAGCUUCCCUUCUUCUCGUCUCGGCGCCCGCGCGGUUCCCUCGGCGAGUUUCGCCGGACUGGUGAAGCAAAAGCCCGCCUACCUCUCACACCCUCCCGGUGGCGCCGUCGUCUCUCAGCUGAGGCGUUGCGGCCUGGCCGGUGCGGGAGGGGAAAAAGAGGGCUGUUCUUCUGCGCGGGCCCCGGUGCCUGUUUGUGGAGAGGGCCGGAGCAGACGGCGGCGGCGGAGGAGAUGAACACGGUGCUCACCCGCGCCAACUCGCUCUUCGCCUUCUCGCUGAGCGUGAUGGCGGCGCUGACCUUCGGCUGCUUCAUCACCACGGCGUUUAAAGAGCGCUCGGUGCCCGUCAGCAUCGCCGUCUCCCGGGUCAUGCUGAAAAAUGUAGAAGAUUUUACAGGACCAGGAGAAAGAAGUGAUCUUGGAAUCAUAACUUUUGACAUUAAUGCAGAUCUGCAUAGUAUAUUUGACUGGAAUGUGAAACAAUUAUUUCUGUAUUUAUCAGCAGAAUAUUCAACAAAGAACAAUGUAAGUAUGAAUGUAAGAGUACAUAUGGGUUACUUAUGUUAAUGUUACAGGUAUUUA